ACUAACCCUCGCUUUACAGGCUAGUGGACCGGCAGCUCCUUACAGCUCAGGAAUGAUGUAAGCCUGUCCCCGGUCGGUAAAGCAGCAGCCACGGCUAUCAUGUCUCAGCAUAAUGUGGUUAAUGGCUGUGAACUGGUCGCUGUGUUUUUUCUUUGGCUCGGCUUCAAAUCACGAGGAUCAGCCUGCACAGGGCUCUGCUGUGCUGGAGGAGUUGGUAAUAGUGAUUCAGAGUCAGAAGAACUCCUUCCACGCCCAACGUGGUUACCAAAGGAAGGAAAAGAUUCUGCAGGAUGCAGCUAAUCUCGGGGAGGGGCUUCCAGUGGUUCUUCUCCUCCAUGAGCUGUCAGAUUAUGAAGGAAACUGGAGCAUUCUUCCUGUUCUUCCGCUUCUCUCUGCUAUUUAUGGAGAAUCGGCAUCCUGGUUUUUGUUCAUAGAAGAGGAAACGAUGGUUAUUUUGCAUGUUCUGCAAAAUGUUCUUAAAAGAUAUCCGGUUCAAGAGGAAUGGUUUUUGGGUCAGCGUCUCCAUGACAACAAACCCUCCAUUGUUCACCAUUACGCCUUUUCUGAAGACCCCACUUCUUUUGGUUACCCUGACCCAGCAGUUGGUUGGGCUUUAAGUGCCGCGCUGCACCAAAGACUGGCAGAGCGGAUUCAGUCUGAGAAUCUGAAGUCGGAUUUUACCAUCGACUUGACACACGAGAUUGCUUUGUUUAUCUGGGAGGAAGGAAGAGGACCAAAGCUGACCACAGUUCCAGAGUUUUGUACAGAGACAAAAAACAACUGUGCAACCAAAUUCACAAACUACCUGCCCAACUGUGGGAAUCCUGUAUCAAAGAAUAAUAUAUUUGUUGCUGUGAAAACUUGUGAAAAGUAUCAUUCAGUGCGAGCAUAUUACAAUCCUCGCCGGCGCCAAUCUUUAUUGAUCCCCCGACGUGUACCAGUAGUGAAGUCCACCUGGGAAAAACACGCUGUUUAUUUAGAGUACUAUAGCGAUGUCACUGAUGCCUCCAUACCCACUAUCAACCUUGGAGUGCCCAAUACUGAGAGAGGCCACUGUGGGAAGACGUUUGCCAUCAUGAGGCGUUUUCUGAGUGAAGCUGUGCCGAAGGUUGAUUGGCUCGUCAUUGUUGAUGAUGAUACUCUUAUCAGUCUGCCCCGGCUGCGGCGACUGUUGCGAUGCUACAACCCAAAGGAAGCAGUGAGCCUGGGAGAAAGAUAUGGGUAUGGCCUGAUGCAGAACGGAUACAGCUACACAACAGGAGGAGGAGGGAUGGUACUUAGUAGGACAGCGGUGUCUAUGCUGCUCUCCAGUGGCUGCAGCUGCUACAGUGAUGAUGCUCCUGAUGACAUGGUCUUGGGGAGGUGCUUCACUUCCAUUGGGGUUCCCAUCACACACAGUCCGCUGUUCCACCAGGCCCAACCGGAUGACUACUCAGGAACGAGGAUUACCCUGCAGCACUCCAUCUCCUUCCACAAGCACUGGAGUGUAGAUCCUGUUGCCGUCUACACAAACUGGUUGCAGGACUCGCACCCAAAAGAUGAACUGUGAUAAAAAUCUUCACGAGGAUAAAGCUCUAUUGUGUCUGUCAGAACGCUGGAAAGACUUUCUCUUUCAAUGUGACGGGAACUUUUUUCACACUUUUAUUUUAGAAAAACACAGAACGGGAACAGUGGUGAAAUGGAAGGAAAAUGAUUCAAUGUUUUCAUAUUUCUUGUAAUAAAAGUGUGAUGUGCCUUUUGAA